CUGGGAGGCGCCGGGAGGCCUCUCCCUCCCCCACUUCCUCUCCGCCCCCUUCCUGUCUCCUGAUCCCCUGCCCCUCCUUCAGGCCACGAGGACCUGAAGCAGGACGAGCGGGUGAUGCAGCUGUUCGGCCUCAUCAACAGCCUGCUGGAGGGGAGCGUGGAGUCGGCCAAGCACGACCUUUCGAUUGCCCGGUUUGCGGUCGUGCCGCUUUCCGCCGAUUCUGGCCUCAUCGAGUGGGUGCCCCGCUGUGACACUUUGCAUCAGCUGAUCAAGAUGUACCGCAACUCGAGGCACGUAGAGCUCAGCGUGGAGUACCAGCUGAUGCGCUCGAUGUGCGCCCGCUGCGAGGACCUGAACAUCCUUCAGAAGGUGGAGGUCUUCCGGCACGCGAUGCACAGCACGUUGGGGGCGG